AUGAGCGCCGCCCUUGGAAUGGAGCCGGAGGUGGUGUCUUCAUCGGCUUCCUCCUCUUCUAAGUUGGAUGAGCCCACCAGCGACCCGCGCGACGUCGGCACCGAUGCGGGGAACCGCUCGCCAGAGCUGUCACUGAACACGGCCACCGCCAGCGCGAGCGGCCUGGCCUGGCCCAACAACCUUAACGUCAACAAGAUCAGCGGCGUCCGGGCUGGCCCGACAGACAAGCUACAAGGUGGAACUCCUGUCCUUCGCGGUGUCAACGGCGUCGCAGCACGAUUCACGGACCCGAAGGAUGAGAACGGCUUCACCGUUUUCAGUCGCCGCCCGACCGGUGCCAGUGCCGCCGCGACGGGACCUUCACAGCAGCAGACGAGCCCUAGAUCCACCUUGGCGCCAAACGUCGGCAAUGGAAGUGGGGCCAACAGCGGUCACGCAAUGCGCAGCUCGGCUAAUGCAAGCGGCGUCGCUGCCAACGAUGAGCAUCCAGAGGUGAUGGAGUUUGCCAAGAGUCUCUCCGAGCGACAUCUCAGGUGUGCUUUGUGUGCCAAGGUAGUGGUAGACGUUGUACUCAUCGGGGCGCAUGCAUCGGUAGCGUGCCGGCGUUGCGCUCUGGCCUUGCCAGGCACCCACAUCACAGAGUUGCCGCGACCGCUGCGAGAGGUGCUGCGAGUGCUGAAGGCUGCAGCAGGACUGCCUGAGUCACACGACGACUUCGUGGGCGAUCGCCGCAUUCUGCGCGCAAAGCGACCCCUUCCAGUGAACGCCACACACCCCAACGGCGCAGAGUCGGUGGCAAAAGAGGAGGCGGUGGCUGUCGCAUCGCCCAGCUCACCGGCUCCGGCUUCUGCCACUUCCACAGCCGCGAUGCAAGCGGUCUUAGCGGAGCUGACGGAUGCCGAGACUGCCGAGCGCCACCAGAUCGGCAGCGCGGAAGCCUCUAGCCGCUCGGAGAUCACGACGCGCAAAAGCGCUGCCAUCACCGCGCGAGCCACCCCGGCGGUUGCCGCCGGGAGGCCUAACGGCGUCACGAGCCGACAGUACAAGCUGGAGGCGGACCGCAAGUAUGAGAACGCGGAGUACGUUGCUGCGUUGGAACUUUACACAAAGGCAAUCAAGUUGCAGCCGAUGGAUCAUCAGUCCAACGUCAAGUUCCUCUACGGCAACCGUAGUGCGGCACACUAUAUGGCACAACGGUACAGCGAGUGCAUUGAGGACUGCCUCGAGGUAGUGCGCCUGGACCCGAGCAGCGUGAAGAUGCUGUCGCGCGCCGCUCGCUCUGCCUGCACGAUGGGAAAUCUAAAGCGUGCCGUGGAGAUCAUGGAGAGCACGCCGAGGGAUCGCUUGACCAGCGACAUGGAGGCGGAGCUUGCCCGGUACAAGAGUGGCCUCGAGGCGUACCGCCACGCCGAGCGUUGCUUCGGCACCCCGGAAGGCGAUGAGCAGUACCGGAUGUUGGUUGCUCAGUUCAGCGAUACCGUGCCGUUCCGAGUUCGGAGUGCCGAGUCGCUGCGGGAGCAGCGGCACUACAUGCGCGCCGUGGAGGUGCUGGAGGCGCUCUCGCACUCCACGCGCACCCCGGCUGCGUGCCGCAUCAUGAGCGAGUGUCUCUACCUCUCCGGCUUCGAGUACUUUGAGCGAGCGCGGAAGUGCAUCGUGGACGCGGCGCAGCUGGACGACGCCUGCAACGAGCUUUUGAAGAAGAUUGAUGCCGUUGACGACGGCAAGCAGAAGGGCAACUCAAACUUCAACAAGAAGAACUACGGCCCGGCGGCCGAGUACUACACGGUCGCCAUUCAAGCCGCCGCUGACAACGAUCAGGUGCUGCGCGUGCUCUACUGCAACCGCGCCGCCGCGUAUAAGGAGCUGGGUCGCUACCGGGAGGGCGUCGAGGACUGCACCAAGACGCUGCAGAUCGACAAGGAGUUCUACAAGGCGUACGCGCGCCGCGCGCGCUGCCACGAACACCUUGGCGACCACUUUGCCGCCGUGCGGGACUUCAAGAAGGCGAUCGAGUACGACAGCACCGACCGCGAGCUGGCCCGGGAGCUGAGAGCGGCAGAGCAGAACCUGGCCAAGGAGGCGGAGAAGGAGAGGGACUUUUACUUUCAAUUAGGUGUCUCUCGCACCGCGACAGAGCGAGAGAUCAAGCUCAAGUACCGCGAGCUCUCGCUGCGGUGGCACCCGGACAAGUGCAUUGGCCUGGAUGAGGUUGAGCGGGAGCGGGCCGAGCACAAAUUCAAAAUUAUCAGUGAGGCGUACGCCACCUUGGCGGAUACUGUGAAGAGGCGCGAGUACGACGCGAAGCAGGAUCGCGAGCGCUUCACGCGUGCUGGCGGGUUCAAUUUCUCCUCCACGUACAGCGGAGGGAGCGCGAACGACUACUACCGCGGUCGUCACCGCGCUGGCGGCAACGGCUUUUGGUAG